AUGCUGGGACUCUCAUAUUGGUUUCUACCGUUGUUCGCGGGAUGCGUGUGGCUAGGUACGCAACGAUAUCCACAAGGAAGGCGCAUGUUCGCAGCCCAUGACUGACGAGGGAUAUAGGAACUCUCCUAGCAAUGCUGGGUCGAUGGCUCGCACUUGGAUCACCCCACUACAGCUCCUUCCAUGCCACCCAACAUAUCACAUACAUCUCGGACAUCGGCGCAACAUCAUGGGGAAAGCCUCUGUUCAUCACCGGGAGUGCAGUCGCCGUAGUCACGUUCGAUCUGGCCUUCAUCUCGGAGCGAUGGCUGCGACACACGGGACGAUUGACCCCAAACUACAACGUAUCGGAGAUCAUUCUGAGCGCAUUCGCGACUCUGUUCGCGGUUGUGGGCGCGGCUGGCUUGAUUCUUCUCACCAUCUUUGACACCGUGCAUUACCCGCAUGUACACGACGCCAUGUUGGUGGUGUUCAUGUACGUCCCCUCCGCCAUCAAACGCGCGCGAUCAAAUAAUGCUGACUCGAGACCUACAUAGCGCCGGAUACAUCAUCUCCGCGAUCUUCAUCUGCGCCGAAUAUCAACGCCUGGGAAUCCGCUACCGCGGCGAAAACAUCCUCGCUGCCAGCUUCUGGAUCAAGCUCGCAUUCAUUUUCGUCGAACUCGCGCUCGCCAUCGCUUUCGGGGUCAUGUCGGACAAGGCCCACUAUAACCGAGCCGCCGUUCUCGAAUGGACGAUUUCGCUGAUUUACAUCUUCUACAUCUGGAGUUUCAUCAUCGAUUUCCUGCCUGCGACCCGUACGAGACAUAAGGGGGAUCGUUACGCGCCGCCGCUCAGGAAGCAAGAUGAUGAAAUGGCUAUGGGCACGCAGACAGAAGGUAACAUGAUGGGAGGGCCAGUGUACAGCUCUGGUGGAACAUACCCUGAUCAAGGAGUGAACGGUGCUGCAGACCAUGGAAACACCGGGGCAUCGAGGAACUUCUAG